CAAACAAGCACAGCUAUCUUCUCGAGGCUGAGUGGCCACAACUCAGAAGCUCCACCGAGGUCCAAUCAGAAUCCACCAAACCUUCUCUCACAAACAUCCGAAAAAGGAAUGAAAAUGAGAAGAGAGAGAGCGGGGGAAGGGAGGAACUUCGAAUCCUGAUUAAUUUACUCCUGGAUCACUCUCUCUGAUCCCCGCUGCCCUCCACCCGUGGCUUGGAAAGAGUUUUGGAAGAUCUUCCGUCUUCUUUUUAGGGCUUUCUCGCUCUUUGCGGGUUGUUUGGUUUCGAGCUUGAAGUGGGUAGGCUUUCUUUUGCGGGGGUUCUUGUUGCCGAGUACCAGAUCUAUUGGAUUUCUAGGGUUCUAUAUCCCGCUUUAUUUGUUUUUUUCAAACUCCACAGAAAACCUUUUUUUUUUUUUACUUCCGUCUGUCGAGAUUAUUGUAGUCUUUGUCCUUUCUAUAUUUUGGAACUGGUUAUUGUCUGGAUUCCCUGUGGAACGCUUAAUACUGUAUCUGCAUUGCUUUUCGUUGAUUCCCUUCUCCAUAACCUCUUUCAUCUGAGACCAAGUUUCAACUAUGUUUUUGGAUUGGGCCUAAUUAGCCGCCGAAGGUGUUUAACGAUAGCAAAUUCAUUAAUGGAAGUCCUUAAUCCUGCUUAUUUAUCCAAUUCCAAUUGGCUUAUCGGGGAGAAGAAGAGUGGGAAUUGGACUCAGCAGGAGAACAAGUUAUUCGAGAACGCACUCGCCCACUUUGAUAGAGACACGCCGGAUAGAUGGAUGAGGGUGGCUGGGAUGAUCCCGGGGAAGACAGUGGAGGAUGUCAUGUCCCAUUACCAUGAUUUGGAAGAAGAUGUGACCUGUAUAGAAGCUGGCCUUGUCCCCUUCCCUGGUUACAACUCUUCAUCUUUCACUUUGGAUUGGGAGAGCGGCCAUGGCUUUGAUGAGGUGAAGCAUGCUUAUUCUAUCAGUGUGAAGAGACCAGGCACUCGGCUUAUAGAUCAUGAGAGGAAGAAAGGAGUCCCUUGGACUGAAGAAGAACACAAGAGAUUUCUUAUGGGUCUUAAGAAAUAUGGCAAAGGGGACUGGAGAAAUAUAUCUAGAAAUUUUGUUGUCACUAGGACUCCUACACAAGUGGCCAGCCAUGCACAGAAAUAUUUCAUCAGGCUCAACUCUGGUUCCAAAGACAAGAGGAGAGCCAGCAUACAUGACAUCACCAUGGUUAAUGUGGAAGAUAGCAGACCUCCCUCCCCAUCUCAGUCAUGUUCAGCAACAGCUCCAGCCACUGCAGAAAAUUUCUCUGUGGUAGUCGAUUCAAAGAAGCCUAAUGAGGUAGUGAAAGGCUUCAGUGCUUCGCCUGACAAAACUCGGUUAGUUCAGCCACCUUAUGGCAUCCAACCAUAUGGAAUGAAACUUCAAGCUCACAAUUUGAAUAAUGGCAAUCUCAAUGGUUCUGCUAUGGGACACCAUGGUGUGUUAUUUUAGAUGUUAUGCUAUUAAUCUGAAUAUCAAAGCUUAAAAUUUGAAGAGAAAGUUCAGAUGUCUGUGCUUUCAUAACACCAU